CUCUCUCUAUAAGGAAAUUACCUUUUCUCUGUAAUGCAGAAUUUUGUUAAAGAUCCAAACUUUUGCUGAUCAUAAAGCUGUGUUGGCCGGAAUUUUGUUGAAAUAUGUCGUCAGGUUUCUCCGGCGAGAUUUACGGCGCCGGUGGGAGAUCUACCAUGAAUAACAACAACUCACAAAGGCCUUAUUCGUCGCCGCUAUCGGGUAUUUUGCCUGACCCGGUUACGCAGAUGGUUCAUCAAGGGAGACCUAAUUUGAUGGGGAAGCGAUCUCUAGCGGAGUUUCAACAACAGCAGCAAUUGCAGUUUCUACAACUUCAACAGCAGAAACAACAGCAGCAGCAGAUGAUGCUACUUCAACAGCAGCAGCAGCAAGGAAUUGGGUUUUAUCUCCGUAACGUAAAGCCUAGAAGUUAUCAGCAGUCUUCCCCAAUGUCUCCUCUUUCCCCUGUAGAUUUUUCGAUUGCCGCUGCUGCUUCAAUUUCAUCUUCGAAUUCAAAUGUAUCCACCAUGAUGAACACGCGCCAGGCUCUACCGGUUCUGCAGCAGCCUGCUAAUAUGGGUGGGUUUUUAUCUCCGGGUAUUCAGAAUUAUUCUACAGGGGUUUCGUCUCUAAAUCCGGUUCAAAACGGAGCAACCAUCGGAGUACAGGAAUCUGAUAAAAAAAUGAUGAAUUGUCUUCAAGAGCUUGAGAAACAGCUCUUAGACGACAACGAUGAAGAAGAAGGCGAUACAGUUUCGGUCAUCACCAACAACGAGUGGUCGGAGACGAUACAGAAUCUGAUUAGCCCCUCUCAGAACCAAAACCAAAUUCAGAAACUGGCAUCACUAUCUCCAUCCUCUUCGACUUCUUCGUGUGCUUCUUCAACAGAAUCUCCGGCAAUAUCUUGUCCCAAACAGUCUAUAAUAGAAGCAGCCACAGCAAUAUACGAUGGAAAAAACGACGUCGCACUGGAAAUCCUCACGCGCCUAUCACAAGUUGCCAAUAUCAGAGGCUCCUCCGACCAGCGGCUAACGGCAUACAUGGUCGCCGCUUUACGGUCGCGCUUGAACCCCGUCGAUUACCCACCGCCGGUCCUGGAGCUGCAAAGCAAAGAACAUACAGAGACUACUCACAAUCUAUACGAGGUAUCUCCCUGUUUCAAGCUCGGUUUCAUGGCUGCCAAUCUAGCCAUCCUUGAAGCUGUAGCUGACCACCCAUUUAACAAGCUUCACGUCAUUGAUUUCGACAUCGGCCAAGGCGGACAGUACUUGCAUUUACUGCAUGCACUGGCUGCCAAGAAAUCAAACAACCCCGCCGUUUUAAAAAUCACUGCUUUCACAGAACAAGCCGGCGGAGUUGACGAGAGACUCAAUUCCAUCCACAUGGAGCUUAACUCCGUCGCUAAUCGGCUCGGGGUCUGCUUAUAUUUCAAUGUAAUGUCCUGUAAAGUAGCCGAUUUGAGCCGAGAAAACUUAGGCCUCGACCCUGAUGAUGCAUUAGCAGUUAAUUUCGCAUUCAAAUUAUACAGAUUACCCGACGAAAGCGUCACAACAGAGAAUCUCCGCGACGAGCUUCUCCGUCGGGUAAAAGCGUUAUCACCGAAGGUGGUAACGGUGGUGGAGCAAGAUAUGAACGGCAACACGGCGCCGUUUCUAGCGCGUGUGAACGAAGCGUGUGGGCAUUACGGUGCGAUAUUCGACUCGCUGGAUGCUACAGUUCCACGAGACAGCAUGGACCGAGUCAGGAUCGAAGAGGGACUGAGUCGCAAAAUGUGUAAUUCGGUAGCGUGCGAAGGGAGGGACCGCGUUGAAAGAUGCGAGGUAUUUGGGAAGUGGAGGGCCCGUAUGAGCAUGGCUGGGUUCGGGCCGAAGCCCGUUAGUCAAAUCGUGGCGAAUUCUUUGCGUUCGAAGCUUAAUUCGGGUACACGUGGCAACCCGGGCUUCACCGUGAACGAACAAAGUGGAGGUAUUUGCUUUGGUUGGAUGGGACGGACUCUCACCGUCGCGUCAGCUUGGCGUUAACUUUUAGUAUUAUUAUUUUCUAAUCAAGAGAAAAAUAUUCUGAUUAUUAUUAGCUUAUGAAUAUUAAUUUUCAAUGUGAUUUGCUGUAUUAAGGGGUUUUCUUUAAUUUUGGUUAUUAUUAUUAUUAUUGUUAAUUCA